CUAAUUCCGUAAUUCGUAACUACAAAAGCAACGACCUCGUUCGGUUUGAGGAUCUCGGAGCCGCCGUUCUGCCCAGUCGUCAGUGACGGUGAAGGCGGAGCUGCGGCGCUUUCUACUCCGCCCCAAAUUGACUACCGGAGCUCUAAGCUUCAAUCUCCAGAAUAUCUUACCCGCCUAAAUUAGCUGAAAAGGCUCGAAGUUUCUUCUCCCAAUGUGAUCCGAUGUCCACCUCGCGGUCCCAGUCCCAAUGGCAAUGGGAGAACGCCACCGCCGGCGCCUUAGCUGGCUUCGCCACCGUCGCCAUCAUGCACCCUCUGGACGUUGUGCGGACGAGGUUUCAAGCGAACGAUGGCAGAGUCUCGAAUCUUCCAACUUACAAGAACACCGCACAAGCUCUCUUCACCAUUGCUCGCUCUGAGGGUUUGAGAGGACUCUACGCUGGUUUCUAUCCUUCUGUUCUCGGGUCAAGCAUUUCGUGGGGUUUAUACUUCUUCUUCUAUGGCAGAGCCAAAGAGAGAUACUCUCGAAUGAGAGAAGAAAAGUUAACUCCCGGUCUUCAUCUUCUUUCUGCAGCAGAGGCGGGAGCACUGGUCUCUUUUUGCACAAACCCUGUAUGGCUCAUCAAAACCAGAAUGCAGCUUCAGAAUCCUCUUAGUCAAACCAAAUCUUAUUCGGGUGUAUAUGAUGCAUUUAGGACCAUAAUGAGAGAGGAGGGUUGGAGUGCUCUUUACAAAGGGAUUGGUCCUAGUCUCUUGCUUCAGGUAUCUCAUGGUGCUGUUCAGUUCACAGCUUAUGAGGAACUCCGGAAGUUUAUUGUUGAAUUCAAGUCUGAAGGAAGAGAAAAGGAGCCUGGACCUGCUGAUAAGGUGUUGAAUUCAGUUGAUUAUGCUAUCCUUGGGGCGUCUUCUAAACUUGCCGCCAUUCUUUUGACGUAUCCAUUUCAGGUUAUUCGCACUCGAUUGCAGCAACGACCAAGUGCCAAUGGAACUCCGAGAUACUUGGAUAGCUGGCAUGCAGUGAAAGAGACUGCUAGGUUUGAAGGUCUACGAGGAUUUUACAAGGGAAUCACCCCAAACAUUCUUAAAAAUGUUCCUGCCUCUUCAAUAACAUUUAUUGUAUAUGAGAAUGUAAUGAGUUUGUUAAGACUCACGAGAACGAAGGACUGAGAUUCUCCUUUUAAUUUUUUAAUUCAUAGUUUAGAAUAAUGAGUCGCCAUUAGCAUGAUUGAAUUAUUUGCAUGUUGGAGUUUGCGGAUUUUAUCUAACUUAGAAAUUAAUUUUUCGGUUUCGAAUUCACCGUGGAUAGACACUGAUUUUGCUGGUUCAAUGCUUAUUUGUUAUACUAUGUGUCCAUGUGGGACAUCAGAGGUUACAAGAGAAA